UUUACCGGAGUGUCGGGUGUAUCUGCAGUUCCUUGGAGCCUUUAUUUGAAAUUUAGCCUCAGUUAACCGCGUCCCCUGACAAGAUGAAGCGAUUGUGGGUCAUAGGCCUCCUUUGCGCUCUUCUAGCCUUUACAUCUGUCCGAGCAGAUGAUGUUGAUGUUGACGGCACUGUGGAGGAAGACCUGGGUAAAAGCAGAGAAGGAUCACGGACAGACGACGAGGUGGUUCAGAGGGAGGAAGAGGCCAUCCAGCUUGAUGGACUAAAUGCUGCACAGAUAAAGGAGAUGCGAGAGAAAUCAGAAAAACACGUGUUCCAGGCAGAAGUGAACAGAAUGAUGAAGUUGAUCAUCAACUCCCUAUACAAGAAUAAGGAGAUCUUCUUGAGGGAACUGAUCUCCAAUGCAUCUGAUGCCCUGGAUAAAAUCCGAUUGCUUUCACUAACUGAUGACAAUGCACUCGCCGGUAAUGAGGAGCUGACGGUGAAAAUCAAGUCUGACAAAGAGAAGAACAUGCUGCACAUCACAGACACUGGUAUCGGCAUGACCAAAGAGGACCUGGUGAAAAACCUGGGCACUAUUGCCAAGUCAGGUACCAGUGAGUUCCUCAACAAGAUGACUGAGAUGCAGACAGAGGGCCAGUCCACUUCUGAGCUGAUUGGUCAGUUUGGUGUGGGAUUCUACUCCGCUUUCCUUGUGGCUGACAAGGUCAUCGUCACAUCAAAGCACAACAAUGACACUCAGCACAUCUGGGAGUCUGAUUCCAGUGAGUUCUCUGUAACUGAGGAUCCACGUGGAAACACCCUUGGCAGAGGAACAACCAUCACUUUGGUGUUGAAAGAAGAAGCAUCAGACUACCUUGAGCUAGAGACCAUCAAAAACCUGGUCAGGAAAUACUCUCAGUUCAUCAACUUCCCCAUCUAUGUGUGGAGCAGCAAGACUGAGACAGUAGAGGAGCCUAUUGAUGAAGACGAGCCUGAGGCAGAGAAGGACACCACCGAGGAUGAAGCUGAAGUGGAGGAGGAGGAGGAAGAUAAGGACAAGCCUAAGACCAAGAAGGUGGAGAAGACAGUGUGGGACUGGGAACUGAUGAAUGACAUUAAGCCCAUCUGGCAGAGACCAGCUAAGGAGGUGGAGGAGGACGAGUACAAGGCCUUCUACAAGACCUUUUCUCGGGAUUCUGAUGAGCCCAUGUCUCACAUCCAUUUCACUGCUGAGGGAGAGGUCACCUUUAAGUCCAUCCUCUUUGUCCCCGCUUCUGCACCCAGAGGGCUUUUUGAUGAGUAUGGAUCAAAGAAGAAUGACUUCAUUAAGCUGUUUGUGCGAAGAGUCUUCAUCACCGAUGACUUCCACGAUAUGAUGCCCAAAUAUCUGAACUUCGUUAAGGGUGUGGUGGACUCUGAUGACCUUCCUCUAAAUGUAUCCAGAGAGACUCUGCAGCAACACAAACUGUUGAAGGUCAUUCGUAAGAAGCUGGUGCGGAAGACUCUGGACAUGAUUAAAAAGAUUGCAGAGGAACAGUACAAUGAUAAGUUCUGGAAGGAGUUUGGUACCAACAUCAAGUUGGGAGUGAUUGAGGAUCACUCCAACAGGACCAGGCUGGCCAAGCUGCUGCGUUUCCAGACCUCCCACAGCGAGUCUAGUCUGUCAAGCCUGGAACAGUAUGUGGAGAGAAUGAAGGAGAAGCAGGACAAGAUUUACUUCAUGGCUGGAACUAGCAGAAAAGAGGCUGAGUCGUCUCCAUUUGUGGAGAAACUGCUGAAGAAGGGCUAUGAGGUGAUCUAUCUGACAGAGCCUGUAGAUGAGUACUGCAUCCAAGCCCUGCCUGAGUUUGACGGCAAGCGCUUCCAGAACGUGGCCAAGGAGGGUGUGAAGUUUGAGGAGAGUGAAAAGGCUAAGGAGAAAAGAGAAGCUCUAGAGAAGGAGUUUGAACCUCUUACCACCUGGUUGAAGGACAGUGCCCUGAAAGACAAGAUUGAGAAAGCUGUCCUGUCCCAGAGACUGACAAAGUCCCCUUGUGCUCUUGUAGCCAGUCAGUAUGGCUGGUCUGGAAACAUGGAAAGGAUCAUGAAGGCUCAAGCCUACCAGACAGGAAAAGACAUCUCCACUAAUUAUUAUGCAAGUCAGAAGAAAACAUUAGAAAUCAAUCCCAAACAUCCUCUCAUUAAGGAGAUGUUGAAGAGAGUCAGUGACAAUGCUGAGGACCAGACUGCGUCAGACCUGGCCAUGGUUCUGUUUGAGACGGCCACUCUACGCUCAGGGUAUCAGUUGGCAGACACCAAAGCCUAUGGAGAUAGGAUUGAGCGCAUGCUAAGACUCAGCAUGAACGUGGACCUUAGCGAAGAGGUUGAGGAGGAACCAGAGGAGGAGCCAGAAGAACAACCUGAAGAGGAGGCUGAAGAUGAAGAGGAUGUUCAGGCAGAUGAGGACGCAGAAGAAACGGGUGCCACAGACAAGGACGAAUUGUAAAAUGUUGUGAGGGGGGGUGGUCAAGGGUUUGCGUUGGGUGCAGAGCUCGGACUGGAUCCAUUACAGCCCAUUUCUGCUGGGGUGGGCUUAGAGGGUGGGGUUGAGGUUGGGGGUUUUUUUAGGCGCUGCUUUGUGUUUGAUUUUUUUUUUGUUUUUGUUUUGUUUUUUGUUUUUUUACAUUCCUCAUGACUGUAAAUUUGUUAAUAUUUAACUGACCCGGUUAUGGAGUGCUGACUUCCUGUCACGUGAACCAUUAAAUGUUUUUCCUUAAAGGGAAUUUAA